GGAAAUUGAAGAGCGGGAGAGGGAAGAGGGGGAGGAGGAGAGGAAGGAAGAGUAAGGGGAAAAAGAAGAUGGACCUUUUAGAAAGUGUUCUGGAGCUGUUCUCUGGGUCUGCAUCAUUGCCACCGUCCCAGUGACCCCCACCCGUCCCCUCCCUUGAGACCAAAGUAACUCACUCCAGCCCUCGGGGGUUAUGGGCACUGAGUAGGGAAGCGGGCAGGGAAUCCGUGAGUCCGGAGCGCCCAGCCCAGACUACAAGUUCCAGCAGACCGCACGGCGGCGGCAAAGGAGCGCGCACGACGUGACGCGUGCAGCGUGGGCCGAGUGGGCGUGGCUUCAUGAGCCGCUACGUGCUGCCGUUGUCCGUGGCCGGGACCCUUCUGGGGGGCGCCGUGCUGCUCCGGGACUCUCUUGGCGGCGGGAGCUGCCCCAGCAAAGCCACCAUCCAUGGGAAGACGGUCAUUGUCACGGGGGCCAAUACGGGCAUCGGGAAGGAGACCGCCCGAGAGUUGGCCCGGAGGGGAGGCCGCGUCAUCCUGGCCUGUCGGGACAUGGACAAGUGUGAGGCGGCAGCCAGGGAGAUCCGGGGGGACACGCUCAACCACCACGUGGACGCCCGGCCUUUAGACCUGGCCUCCGUGAAGUCCAUCCGAGCCUUUGCCGAGAAGAUCGUGGAAGAGGAGGAACGUGUAGACGUUCUCAUCAACAACGCCGCCGUGAUGAGGUGCCCGCACUGGACCACUGAGGACGGCUUUGAGAUGCAGUUGGGGGUCAACCAUUUGGGUCACUUCCUCCUGACCAACCUGCUGCUGGAGAAGCUGAAGGCGUCGGGGGCCUCCCGCAUCAUCAACGUCUCCUCGCUGGCUCACGUCGCAGGCCACGUGGACUUCGAGGACCUGAACUGGGAACGGCGCCCCUAUGACGCCAAGGCCGCGUACUGCCAGAGCAAGCUGGCCGUGGUGCUGUUCACCCGGGAGCUCAGCCGGCGGCUGGCAGGGACUUCGGUCACUGCUAACGCCCUGCACCCCGGGGUGGCCGGCACCGAGCUGGGCAGACACACGGGCAUGCACAAGUCCACCUUUUCCAGCACAGUCCUUGGCCCCUUCUUCUGGUUGCUGAUAAAGACGCCCAAGUUGGCGGCCCAGCCGAGUGUCUACCUGGCCGUGGCCCCGGAGCUCAGCGGGGUCUCGGGCAAGUAUUUUAACGCCUUCCGGGAGAAGGACCCGGCCCCCCAGGCCCAGGACGACGAGGCGGCUCAGAGACUUUGGGCCUGCAGCGCUCAGCUGGUGGGGCUGCCGGAGGCCGGAUCGCCCGGGAAAACCACUAAGGUGCGGGGCUCCUGAGUCCCGUCUUAGGCCCGUUCUCGUCUGCUCCUCGGCGGGGGCCUGGACUGCCUGGGCGCCCCCCCCCCGGGAAGGCCCGGGGCCCCUCGCACUCACCGCGGCGUCAUGGGAGGCUCCACCCGGAGACCUUCUCCCAGAGCACACGGAGCUCCCGGCCGGGGCCCCCGCUCCCAGGAGCCCCUCCGGGCGCCAGGACCGGGGAGCUCCUCACCAGUCACCGGAGAUUUCAGUUAGGGAUUAGCGGAAAUAAAGACAAUGACCUCACCAAGAA